AUGCCCAUCGACCACACAGCAUACCCACACCUAAUCGACACCAUCGUCGCACAAUGCGACAUCCCCACCCUCCUAGCCUUCCGGGGUACGUCGCGGUCCUUCCUCGCGCGCGUGAACGGCGUGCUCCUCUCGCACGCGGCGCUGAGGCCGUGGCCCGCCGACGGGAGCAGCGACGCGUUCGUCCUCACCACCAUCCCUGCCCCACCGCGGCGGCUGCCCUUCGUACCGGCCUCAGUCCGCACCCUCGAGCUUCUGUCCGACCGCGCGGUACCCCCCGACCUCGUGCGGCAGUUCACCAACCUCCAUACCCUUCGCCGCCGGCGCUCCGCCUACGCCUUCCCUUCCCCUCCGGCAGACACGACGGUCGACUUUGUCCCGUGCUACGGGAGCAAGGAGCGCGUACGGCUGAAUAUCCCACCAGCGCACAGGGCGGUCAUUCACCUCAAAUACGUGCACGCCACCGUGCCGACGUUCGACGUGCGCGUCGACGUUAGCCUGCGCGAGCUCGUCGUCGUCUUCUGGCCGCCUGAGGCGGACCGCGCGAAGGAUCCAGUCGGCGCCGCGGCCUCGCUGGCUGCGUCUCUUGCGCGUGCCGUCGACCAGUGGAAUCGGCGGCUCGAGCUCACCAUCGUCGGACUGGAGCAGUUCGGCCAGCGCGACCACCGGGAUUCACCUAGCGAGGUGCCCUUCUUCCCCUUCUUCCGGGAGAACCGCGGGAUCGAGGUCUUGUUCCUCGGCGUGAGGAUGGUGACGCUGCAAGAGUGGUGGGCUGAGAUUGGAACGCGGAAGGACGUCGAGGGCGUGUGGGUCGACUGA